AUGUGCAAGCCGCACAGCUCGUUCGUGCCCAACCCCACCGCUGUAAGCUGGCUGUUUACCGGCGUCAGCGCCCUCAUGGCAGUUCAAUUCUGCCUUUGGUUUAGUUAUCAGCUCACACGGCUUUAUUCCCGUCGGGCUUUUCAACGUCAGCUUCGACAUCAUAGACUACUCCCGUGGGGAGAAUUCAAGCGAAUCGCGGCGGAGCUGCGGCAAGGCUCCUUAAAUAGCGAGGGCAAGCUGUCUUCAUCCGACGAAGCGUGCGUGAUCUGCUUUGCGAAGCCCGUGAAUAGACCGGUGGAGUUGCUGCCAUGCGGGCACUCGUGUUUCUGUGCGCAUUGCAUUGUCGAACUGUGGAAGUACAGCCGCCAGAAUGAAAUUUUCGGUCAAGACGGCAGUGGUGGUUCUAUUUUUCGGCAUCACACCCCACUUGCUUGCCCCUUGUGCAGACAAGUGGCGUUGUUCGUUUGUCCGUACUCUAUCAGGCGGGUGCCGUGUAGGGUCCCGAAUUCGGCCUCCAACAACGGCUCAGACCCAACCAACGACGACUGGCAUAAGAACAUCAAAGAAUCCCCGCAGUCGGUCGAGCAGAUCGGUAAAUCGGACGAAGACGAUGUGCUUUUGGCGCUACGCUAUAACAAUGACUUCUUAGCUCAACAUCACCAAGAAUAUGUGAUUGACAGGGUUAAUUGGUGGGAGAAGACGCUCUACUAUUGUAUUUGGUGGUUAAACCGAAUUAUUCACGCGAAACUUCUGCCUCUUUUUGUGGGUCUUCGUAUUGUCCUGCUCCACAUGACAGUAAUUUUGUACUUCAUUUUGCCCAGUGAUCAACUGAUACAUAUUACUGAGUUUUCGUACCCUGGUUCAUCCUUGACUUCGUCUGAUGGCAACACAAGUAGGUUACACACACCUAAUAUCCUGCAGAGAAAUAAUUUAUUAGGGGUCCAAAACAUUUCAAGCAAUAAGACUAUACACCCACAAUUAAACCACAAGUUUAUGAAUAUACUUGAAUAUCCUCUACUAUGGCUUAUCUAUUAUGCAGACGACAUUUUAUUCGUUUGUUCUUGCUGGAUCUCCAUUGGGCACAUUUCAAAUCGCCUCUUAUUUUGGCAUACCAACAUCGCUUAA